AUGGAUUCUUUGAAUCUCAAGAAAGAAGGAAACGUUGACACGAGCUAUCUCAUCCGGUUGUUCCUAAAUGCGGCGGCCGGAGAAACACCACAUGUGGGUGCUAGCCUUGUUGCACGCCUGACUGAAGGAACGGUCGCCGUGUUUCAGGACAUCAACAAAUAUCUGAUCGACAGAUUUAAUGGAAUUUCAGAAUCACGAUCAUACUCUGUUAGUCUUAGAAGAAGCUCCGACAGACUUCAGCUCUGGUCAGACGGAUAUGGGAUUUCCAGCGCAGCCUCCGCGAAGCUAAUUGUCGUUGUCCAACAUUUAGGGCUCGUAGCAUCAACUUGGGCGACAGGCCUUUUAGGAAAGACACAACUUUCAGAAAGCUUUACGAACAAGGUGGAAAACUUACGGCAACUGAUACAAGAAGCCGAAGACGACCUUUUAAAGAGUGAAUCUUCGACUGGAUCAUCAGAGUAUGAUGAUGACGAUAUCGCGCAAAUUACCGCAGAUCUUGAAGCAGACACCAGAAGUUUGAUGGACCUCGAUAGCUUAUUCUCUGAACCCAUCUUUGAUAUUGAACACGCGAGGCAACCCCUUGACUCGUCUUGGCACAAGUGGAAACCGCACGAACCUUACAGACAACUCAUAGGCAAGCAAUUUCCCAAAGCGAAUGAGGAGCUCGUCACCAGUCUCGGGAAGGCCAAUUAUGAGCGAUUCUUGAGAGGCAAAGAGCAAAGGGACAAGAAUUUUUGGGCAUGGUGUGAGGAUCCAAAGGGACCUCGGCUGAUGCAUCCGAGUGAGAUCAAGGGUUUGGAACCUACGAGCUCUAAGUUCACAGAUUCAGGCCUUGGAUCAUCUAUUCCUUCAUCUUACGCCGAGACAAUCAUGUCAUACCACGGCGGUCAUCUUGAAGAGAUCUCUCUUGCGGCUCUCCCUUCAAACCCUGAUUCGGACACAGAAAGCCAGCCAUCGAACACCAGUCAGCAAGAUAAAGUUGCUGGUAGUGAUGCCGAGGAAAUCAACUCAGCCGCAGGGAUCAUGGUUGUAGAGUGUCCUCCUACUCAUCCAGAUGAUACCCAAAUCUUUGAGAUGACACGAGAAGGGCCAGUCACUCUUGAAGAAGUCGCAGACUAUCUUGGGGAAGUUAUGCGCCAGGGGCCUAAUUUUGAAGACGAGUUUCUCCAUCUACUGCAAAAUUAUGAAUUUGAUAUGUAA